GCUGUGACUGGUCCCACAUAUUGGGACAUUGCACCUCAGACCCUUCCACAGCAGUGCACAUACGCUUCGGGACCAUGGAAAUGGAUGAUGACAUGUCCUCAAUGAACAUGAGCUUCUCCUUUACUUGUGAUGUUGGCGAGCUGGUCUUCGGCUGGUGGACGGUCAACACGUGUUGGGCAUUUUAUUUGAGUUGUAUUCCCGUGAUACUGCUCAGCGUCGCAAGGCAUUGGGCCUUCGCGAUCGCCACCUCUACCGCGACAUCGUCGAAGAAGGGCUCCUCUUCAAGAAAUACAGCUUUCCUCGAUGGGAACGGAUUCGAGAACCCAAGUGCUCAGCCUCCGAUCAACCGAUGGACCCGCUUCGUCUGGACGAUGGUGUCCACAGCGGGCGCCGCGCUGUCCCUUUUAUCAAUGUUGGUGGUGAUGACAUACAACAGCGGACUGUUCUUGGCGGUGCUCGUCGGAGAGGCGAUUGGUUUUUGGGUGUGGGGCAACCACUCUCUGCCGGAAGCGAUGCGGGGCUGCCAUUAACAUGAGGCGGCUCACGAUCGGUCAUCGUUGUACACAGCUACAGCGAUCGGGCGGGUACGACACGGCACUGGAGCUCUGAAGGGAGGCCAAUGCUAUCUUCUCACCAACAGUGUUGGGCUGUCAUCAUCACUGUGCGUCGUAGGUCGAGCGCCAGGCCUCGCGGCUUGCAGCCGGAAGAAUCUCGGGACGAUGGAUGUUGGAGUGAACAUUGGACCUUAAACCCUUCACGGCCAAAGUGAAGUGGAAGAAACCUUGCCCUUGCCUGUUGACGAGGAAUAUUCAGUGUUUACCAGGUCUCAGUAGUUCCGGGUGAAGGUUUCGGUCGACUCAUCAAGAUGUGUGUUAUGUGGGUCGUUUGUAAGGACCCUGCGGGUCCUCGUUCCUUGUUUACAUACCAUGGUACGUUCCUUAUUUGCAUACCAUGGUACUUUCCAGUACUGCAGGCUGUCGCGUGUUUCCCUUGGUUGACCGGUCCAUAUCCGUAAGAGCGGCGGUCUAAUCUAGCACAAUGUAUGAACUUACUUGCACGUGUUUUUUUUUUUUUUUGCAGUGUGUCGAGGUAAGAGGCUUCCCAAAGCCAGUCGUCCAAGAGAUGGAGCACUCACAGCCAGUUUAUGUUUAUCAGAGGGCUCGAUGAGGAUUUUCGGACCGCGUGGAAAUACAUUUGCUAGCAAGUACGGCAGGUUCUGGUUGUUUUUUUGCCAGAUUCGUCACGUGGUUGUUGUUGCUACGCUACGGUAAGCAUAUGAUUUCCGAUUGUUGUUUUGUGUGUGUUCAUGUCAUUCUUGUUACUGUAUGUAGUCUUGUAUGCCGUAGUUGAAUAAAGUGUGUAGGUCGUCGAAAUGUAUCGGCGUGACCCCAUGCACUGCCUGUCGGUCUGCUUGUUUUCUUCUCGUCUCGAGGUCCCAGCACGCUGCGCCAAUAUCGUUCCUCUUGCACAUUUGUCAAUCCGUAACGUAGUUUCAUCCAAACGGUUACGAGAUCUCGCCGUCUGGUAGUUUUGUUAAUUUGUAUCAUGUGCCCUUGUGGGUUUACCGCCGUUUACAAUGUUUCCCCGGUCACCGAUCCCGUUAGGGACAUGCUCGUACUCCGACACAAAGCAACUCGUACCAG